AGGGUUUGAAGAAUUCUGGAGUUGACUAAAGCAUCAGGAACGCUGGCCACCUUAUAAAGUCGGGGAACUUACUUCUUAGUACUACUAGUAUCCUGUGGUGGGGGUCGUCUGCUCAAGAAUUAUCUCCCCUUUUCGCCUGCUUUCCAGCAACUUGACUUAUCAUUCAUUAAUCGUGUUCAUUCAUUUUGGACUUAUUUAAUUUGAUUUAAACCAGGAACAUACAGAAAAAUGUUGCUCAUUAUGCCAGGCGGAGAUUCCUACUUGGCUCGGGCUAACUAAGGCGAGCUAUCCGGUAUGGCAAGGAAAAGAGCUAUGACUCCGGCUUUCAUCGGCGGGAGCUCCCGUAGUUACUCUAGAAGGGGCUACAGCGUACCCAGAUUUUACGAUGACACAUAUAUCCCCCGUUACGUUCCCCACAGACAGUUUCUGGAUACCACCGGGGAAGAGAACGCAAUCCGCAAAAGUGUCAAUCGUGAACUGAUGCUGACUAGUAACUUCGUGGAUGACGCCUACGAUUUAGCCUCUAGCUCUCACAGACGGGACGAGGAGAUCCUUAAACACGCUUCUCAAGCCAUUCCCACGUCAUCAACAGAAAAUGAACCUCUGCCCACAACAUAUAUGAAGGCUUCCGCUCCACCCAAACCCUUUAGGCGUUUUCAAACAGCAGAUUCUUACAGAGGGGCCCUGCCACAGGAUUCUAAAUACAAGAGGGGUAUAUCUAUGCCCCCUUCGAUUCGAUCACUUAAAAAGAGGGGACCCUCUUCUCCACACGAGUGGUCAUCACAAGCUAUGCGCGCGUUAGCAUGCGCACGUAACAUCCGGGAAUCCGUGAGGCAGGAAACUGGAGGCUCUUUAACGUCUUCCCCUGUGAUAUCGCCAUACCAAAGCCCGAGAGCGUCUCCAGAAAGGGAGUUUGGUGACGAUGGCAGAGGGAGGAGUAGAAAACCAAAGCCUCGGCUUGGAAAGCAUUUCUCUAAAUUGUUAGAACUAAGAAGGAGAUCGCCAAGUGUUCAAAAUUAUGGAAGUGGUAUAGAUUCUGAAGUAGCUUCUGAUGAUGUGAGUGACUAUGACUACCAAUAUAGGUAUGAAGAUGAGGAUGAUGAAACCGAAACACCUAGAGAAUGCUUCUACAUUGUGCGAAAUCGAUCUCCUAGUCCUGAGGAGGAAUAUGUACCCUUUGCCCCCAGACGCCGUGUAACGUACGAUGAUGACGAUGAUGAAGGAGAUGGAUAUCGAUCAAAGAUACCAGAUCUUUCUUCAGACUUCUCCAUCACGCCCUAUACCGCUCCCAAAUCGACGGAAGUUCAAAGAUCCGCUGUGAGUAAUGAUCUUCUGUUCCACAAAACUGUUGCAGAAACGGCAGCAAGAGCCAGAAAAUUAUUAGCAGAAACCGACCUCGACGAGUAUGAAACCGCUAGUCUUGUCUUAAGUGUUGAAGGAGAAUAUAAAGAUCCUGAACAUGGAGAUUUAGGAUUCCAGUAUAUUUCAAGACCACUACCUUUGAAGGGACCAAUGUUGGCCACAGGUCCAGGUACUUAUGCUGUGGCCGUUGGCACAGACACGGCCUUUGAUAAAUAUUUUAAGGAUAUGCGAUCCUUUAGAGAGGAAAUCAGAGCGAGACUUGAUUGUGGAUACAGAGCUCUUAAUGAUGCUACAAGAAGUUAUCGAAGAUUACCUAGCUCUUAUAGCUCCUACAAAGCUCUUCCAUUCACUGAAUCACAUUCACGUUCAUAUCAGAAGUCCUACCCCUCUGUAAGUUACAGAAAACGCCUAGAGGAUGGGUCUGAAGACCAACUUGUCAUUUAUCCAAUGAGUCAAAGAUCUAGAGGAGCAUCCCCAGUCUCGACGAUCAGGGACGUGUCACCGGACAGGUCUCAAACAGUGGCAGUUUAUGAAAGUGGAGGAGAAGAGAUGAGGAUUUCCACUCUUGAUAAAAUCAAAAUCAAGGCGGCUCUUGUUGGAAGCAAGGUAGACGUCGUUCUCCCUAAUAAUAGGAGACCCAGGUCAAAAUACGCUGCCGCUGUCAUCAGGGAAAUUAACUUAAAGAAACAUUGGGGAGAAGAGGGUCACACUGAGCCAGCAGAUAUGCCUACGAGUCAUCUGCACGCUUCACCAAAGCCGGUUUAUCUAUCAAGGGGCUCGUACUUCGACGAUUACGAGGACAUCGUGAAAAAACCUAAGAGUGAUAUUCUCUCAUGGAAGCACCGUCUCGAGUCACGCAUAGCGCCAAAAGACCUUCUUUUUACACCCAGGGUUUAUGCUAAUGUUCGAUCCCAGUUACGGGACGUCCAAGAAAAAAUGGACCGUCACCGGCAAUUAAUGGACCGCUAUUUAGAAGCAGACUCUAUUACUACUGACAGGGAUGUCAAGACUAAGGUCUUGGCAAUGUAUAGUGAAAUGGAAGAAAGAGACCCAUUGGGAAUAUUAUCUACCGCUACUACUAGAAACUCGGCCCCAAUCACGGAAAGCAGUUCAAUACCAUCGGUACGAGCUCGCACUCCUGCUCCUAGCACUUUUCGCUCUGUCCGUGUGCCUGAUGAUGAAUUGUCCAGUAUUAUAAUCGAAUCGAGUGAAACUUCCAUUAACGCUACAAAAGAAAGUGAAAAUUCCGUAAACACUACAAAAGAAAGUGAAAAUUCCGUAAACGCUACAAAAGAGAGUGAAAAUUCCGUAAACACUACAAAAGAAUGUGAAAAUUCCGUAAACACUACAAAAGAAUGUGAAAAUUCCGUAAACACUACAAACGAAACUUGACCUAUUUAGGCACACAGCAUCUUAAUUUGAGCAGAGGACAUCGACCUGAAUUCUUACCAUCAACCGGCAUAUAAAAGACUAUUUAUACAUAACCUUAUUAUGGACAGAUGUAAAAUAUUUCUGCUUUCUAGUGAUACAACUGUAAAUAAAUAAUUUAUAUUGCUUGAAAUCUAUGUUUCUAGAAAGAUUUUUCAUUGGUUUUUGAACAAGGCAACAUUUGUGAUAUACAUUGUAGGUAGAGUUUUAGAUACAACAAAGGAAAAUAGUUGUUUAUGUUAGGUUUCGUUUGGACCUCCAUACAUCCUUUUUCGUUUCGCUAGUUUUUGAUGAAAAAUUUGAUAGCGAGAAUUUCCGAGAACCUGUUAAGUUGCAAACGAGAUUUUGUAUAGAGGUAGUUAUGUAAAUGGGGUAUAUGUUUUCCUGCUUACCGUGCGGUUUGUUUUUUUAAAAAUUUAGAAAAUUGUAAUUUAUUUAAACGGUGUCAAGACAUUUGUUGUUACCAUGGCAUUGAUGCUACAUUAAAAGUGUAAAAGUUU